AUGUCAGAAAGCAAGUCAGUGGACAUUGCUCGAGACGCCCAACGGGUGUUUGACGUGCUGCGAAACGGUGGUCUGGCCAUCAUCCCCGCCAACGUUGGAUACGGCCUGGUAGCAUGUGACGCGGAAGCCCUGGACCGACUCUUCACCGUCAAGCGACGCAAACCACACAAGAAACACGCCAUGAUCGGAAGCUUUGCUCUACAAGAAGCCAUCCACGUUCUCCCACCAGAGCGACAGUCUAUGGUGCGGCUACUGACAGUCGACCUCGAUCUCCCGCUCGGCGUCGUCGCCCCGUUCCGUCCAGACCACCCUCUGGUCCGCAAACUCGGGAACGCGACACUGUCGAAGAGCACCGUGGACGAAACUCUGUCGAUGCUAGUCAACGGAGGCGGCUUGCAGGAAGAGCUCUCGCGGCUGACCACCGCAGCCGGACUGCCUCUGAUGGGCUCUUCGGCCAACAUAAGUGGCACAGGGACCAAGGUGGUAGUAGAGGAGAUCGAGCCCGAAGUGCGAGCGGCAGCUAACAUCAUCAUCGACUACGGACGACAACGCUACAGCUACCCGCGGGCAUCAUCGACGAUGAUCGACUUUGGAAGCAUGCGGGUGGAUUCAGAUGUCUGCGGACCCGGGUCCCGCUAUUCUUCCAUCGGGCCAUUUGCUGCCUGA